AUGGCUUCCAAGCUAACAACGUGUUUCGUGUGCUGGAACUGUAAUAACCACCUUGAUAAUACUCGCGUAUCGCGUUCUCCGUUUCCACUUUCUUGCAAAAUGCCACACCGUAUUCUCAGUUCGCAGCAGAAAAGACAGUAUCACAAGAGAACUACAUCACUGCCUUCCAUUGACGGAACUCUCAAGCCUAAUCAUCGUCAUAACUCCGAUCUUAACAACAAGCUUUCUUUGAAUACUCCAAUUCUGCUGCAUGAUAAUAAUUCCACACCAUCGGCCUUGAAUGUAAAUGGUGCUGAGCAGGCUGAACAACUUUCUGGUGGUCAACUUGAGGAUUUGUUAACCAUGAUAAAAAGUGCAGAGACAAACAUCCUUCUUAUAAAUCAGGCUAGAGUCCGUGCACUUGAAGAUCUUCAAAAGAUUCUUGCCGAAAAGAAAGCGUUACAAGGGGAAAUUAAUGUCUUAGAGAUGAGGUUGGCCGAGACUGAUGCACGGACUGAAGUUGCUGACCAGGAAAAUACACAUGUGGAACUCUUAGAGGGCCAGAUGGAGAAACUGCGUAGCGAGUUGGCUCAAAAGGGAAGUACUGAAGAAAGUGAUGCUGAAUUGCGUGGCCCUCAAAAUGGAGUUUUUAGUGAUGCAAUUGCAAAUAGUUCAAGUCAUAAUGAUAGGAUUCGUUCCCUUACCGAGGAACUUAAUUCAUUAAGAGAAGAAAAUGCCUUUUUGAAGAAUGACAUUGAAUCAUUUAAAGCACAACUCAAUGAUGUCAAGAACAAUGAUGAACGUUUAGUGGUAUUGGAAAAGGAGCGCUUAUAUUUGGAAUCUGCCCUAAAAGAUUUGGAAUCAAAACUGUCAAAAUCUCCGGAAGAUGUAUCUGAAUUGUCUACACUUAGAGUUGAAUGCAAGUAUUUAUCGAGUAAGGUUGAAAAUUUGCAAAUGUUGCUAGAUCAAGCAACCAAACAAGCUGAGCAAGCUGUUAUAGUUCUACAACAAAACCAGGAUCUUCAAAGGGAGGUCGACAAGUUGGAAACAUCUCUUGAAGAAGCUAAGAUCUAUAAGCUAUCAUCUGAUAAAUUACAAAAAUAUAAUGAACUAAUGCAACAAAAGAUAAAGAUGUUGGAGAACAGCUUACAAAAAUCAGAUGAAGAUAUAAACUCUUAUGUUCAGCUGUAUCAGCAGUCAGUGAACGAAUUUCAAGAUACAUUGAAUAUUCUGAAAAAAGAAAGCAAGAUAAAGACGCAGGAUGAGCUGGUGGAAGAUAUGCCGUGGGAAUUCUGGAGUCAAUUGUUGCUUCUAAUUGAUGGUUGGACACUUGAAAAGAAGAUAUCAGUUGAUGAUGCAAAGCUUUUGAGAGAAAAGGCGUGGAAGAAAGACAAGACUAUUAGUGAUAUAUAUAUGGCUUGCAGAGGACAGAAUGAAGAUGAGGCUAUAUCUGCAUUUCUUGGGCUUACAUCAUCUGCAACAAGUCCAGGAUUACAUGUGAUUCAUAUUGCAGCAGAGAUGGCACCAGUGGCUAAGGUUGGUGGCUUGGGGGACGUUGUCAGUGGUCUAAGUAAAGCGUUGCAAAAGAAAGGGCACCUUGUUGAAAUUGUUCUUCCCAAAUAUGACUGUAUGCAAUAUGAUCGCAUUGGUGACUUAAGAGCUUUAGAUGUGGUGAUAGAGUCAUAUUUUGACGGUCAAUUAUUCAAAAAUAAAAUCUGGGUUGGCACUAUUGAAGGCCUUCCCGUUUAUUUCAUUGAGCCCCAUCAUCCUGAUAAGUUCUUUUGGAGAGGAGACUUCUAUGGCGAGCGUGAUGAUUUUAGAAGAUUUUCAUAUUUUAGCCGUGUAGCACUUGAGUUUCUUCUUCAAGCUGGCAAGAAGCCAGAUAUCAUUCACUGCCAUGAUUGGCAGACAGCAUUUAUUGCUCCUCUAUACUGGGACGUAUAUGUCCCAAAAGGAUUAAAUUCAGCUAGGAUAUGCUUUACAUGCCACAACUUUGAGUAUCAAGGGACUGCAGCUGCUUCAGAGUUGGAAUCAUGUGGUCUUGAUAGCCAGCAUCUAAAUAGACCAGAUAGAAUGCAGGACAACUCAGCACAUGAUAGAGUCAAUUCUGUCAAGGGUGGAGUUGUAUACUCAAACAUUGUAACAACAGUGUCCCCUACUUACGGGCAAGAAGUGAGAACUGCAGAGGGAGGGAAAGGUCUCCAUUCAACUCUCUCUACCCACUCCAAAAAGUUCAUCGGUGUUCUUAAUGGUAUUGACACUGAUAUAUGGAAUCCUGCUACUGAUCCAUUUCUUGAAGUCCAGUACAAUGCAAAUGAUCUUCAAGGGAAAUCAGAGAAUAAGGAAGCCUUGAGAAGGAAUCUAGGUCUUUCUUCUGCAGAUGUUAAAAGGCCAUUGGUUGGCUGUAUAACAAGAUUGGUUCCACAAAAAGGUGUUCACCUUAUCAGACAUGCAAUAUAUCUAACAUUGGAGCUGGGAGGUCAAUUUGUUCUACUUGGUUCAAGUCCAGUGCCACAUAUUCAGAGAGAAUUUGAGGGCAUUGCCAACCACUUCAAGAAUCACGACCACAUAAGGCUGAUAUUGAAGUAUGACGAAUCUCUCUCCCAUACCAUUUAUGCUGCCUCUGACAUGUUCAUCAUUCCAUCAAUCUUUGAACCUUGUGGCCUAACGCAGAUGAUAUCAAUGAGAUAUGGUGCUGUACCUAUUGCCAGAAAAACGGGUGGCCUAAAUGACAGUGUUUUCGACGUUGAUGAUGAUACAAUACCUUCACAGUUUCGAAAUGGAUUUACAUUUUUGAAUGCCGAUGAGAAGGGAAUAAACGGGGCCUUAGUACGUGCUAUUAAUCUCUUCAGGAACGAUUCCAAAAGUUGGAAACAACUUGUUCAGAAGGACAUGAACAUAGACUUUAGCUGGGAUUCUUCAGCAGCACAAUAUGAGGAGCUCUACUUAAAGUCUGUGACGAGAGGAAGGGCAACAAAACGCGCUUAA